UCCAGGGAAGAGCAGAACAUCGCGUGACUGCUAUGGCUGAGACUGUGACUGCUAUGAGAGAAGAGGAGGAUGGCAGCGCCGACCAUGCCGAUGGGGCUCAACCUGAGCGGGUCAAGAGACCGCGGGUGGAGGACAAAUGGGUCGAUGGACUCCUCCAGUACUUGUGGAGGGACCGAUUGACGCUGGUCUCCGACCCUCGUGGUGUCUUGGCGCCCCAGCUGUGGGUCCAGUUCCGUGUCCCAGCUCCGAAGGCCUGGGAAACUGGUCCAAGGCACGGGGCACUGGAACUGGAAUGUGGGCAGCAGGAGAGGUGGGCAGCUAUGGCUGAAACAGGAGAGGUGGGCCUCAGCCUUGGCCGAUCUUGAGCAGGUCCUAUCAGACUAUUUCGCGGACCAUGAGGAGCUUUGCAGGGGAGCCACGUGUUUGGAGCUGGGUGCCGGCAUUGGCGUCGUGGGCCUGACCGUCGCACAUUUGGGUGCCAAGGUGGUGGUCUUGACAGACGUGGCGAGACAGCGACUGGGCAGGAAGAUGGGUCAUCAUGGUGACCGGUGUGGGUGCAAGCUGAG